CUGGGAUGAGCCAGAUUAGAUUUAAGGGACUCUCUCGUUCUUUCCUCUCACUGGAGCAGGAGAAGAACAUCUCGCACGACAUAGCCUUCAUGUAAAUUUGCGCUCGUUUCGGUUUCCCAUUUGAGAAUGAUUUCGCCGUGGGACCGCUGGUACUCGACGAGUUGCUGCCUCUGCUGCCAUGUCCGGACGGGCACCAUUAUUCUGGGUAUUUGGUACAUGCUCAUCAACGCAGUUGUGCUACUCAUCUUGUUAUCGGCCCUCAAUGACCCCGUGCAGUAUCGCUACCACCUCACCAGCUCCGAGCUGGGCACCGACGUCGAUGUCAUGGACGACGCUAAUAUCUGCAUAGCAACAGCAAUCUCCCUCCUCAUGAUUCUCAUAUGUGGAAUGGCAACAUAUGGCGCUUACAAGCAACACGCCGCUUGGAUCAUUCCUUUCUUCUGCUACCAAAUUUUCGACUUUGCCCUUAACACCCUGGUGGCUGUCAGCGUGCUGGUGUACCCCAGCACGGUGCAGGACUACCUCCAACAACUGCCGGGAACCUUCCCUUACAAAGAGGACAUCAUGUCCACCAAUAAUAUGUGCCUAGUUAUCGCAGUCCUCCUCUUCAUUGGCGGCAUCCUCUCCUUCAAGGCCUACCUAAUCGGUUGCGUGUGGAACUGCUACAGAUACGUAAGCGGCCGAGGCACCACUGAGGUCCUCGUCUAUGUCACCACUAACGACACCACGGUUUUGCUUCCACCCUACGAGGAAGUGGUCGCCAUACCGCCUAAGGAGCCCCCCCCUCCCCAGUACGUGAAGGCUUGAGCCCAGCCCGUCCAGUCUCUUAUAACCCCCCUUACAACCUCCAUCGGUAGGCGUAGAUGAGUCUCGGACGUGGAUUCUUGACAUUUCCGUUAGUUUAGAGACGGUCUUUCUGUCACCGUGACGUCUGCUCCUCCGCACGGACAUGCACUUUGAGUCGGCCGCCAACUGUUAGCCCUUCGAUACUGUGAAUCUCCCUCGUGUUUUUGUCUUGAGUGAGGAGCAAGAGCACUUUUGCAUCCCCCUCCCUCUUUGAAUGUAACGACGGGGUAUUUUUGUAUGAUUUUUUUUUUUUUUUUUGUAUAACUGUAAGGAGAGGGGGGGGAGGUUGGUGGUCAUCCCCGCGAGGAAAUCACAAGUCUUCUAAAAGUCUUCCUUUAAAUGUGCGCGUCCAUCUCUAAGAGGAUAUCCACGCAAACCGCGACAUCUUCCUCUUUUGCUCUUGAGGGCAUUUUCCUUUCAUGACGUAACAUGGGGGAGCUCCUUGUGUGUGUAUCACUGCCCUUUUUCCAAACAACUGUUGAUUUAUGUGGUGCAUUAGCUUAGCAUAAUAGCACAAACUGGUAGAGCACAUCCAUCAAAUUAGUAAUAUCUCAUGAACUAAAUAGCACCUAUGUAUUCGAAUAUAAUUUAUCUAUUUUAUGCAGUCUUAGUAGCGACUGAUCAUCUAUUAAGUUUUUUUUAACAACCAAUCACUAAAAUAGCCAAGACACAAAAUGUUGCUCCCUUACGUAAGAGUCCAUCAAAAUCUAGUACUUUACUAAAACGCGUUGUGUAUUGUCAUAAUAUCGACGUAUAGUACUGUGUACAUAAAUGAUAACAUUUAAAAAGAUUAAAAAAUAAAUACAAUUUAGCUUAAAACUCAACCUGCAAGUCUCAUUCAAGGGAAAUGCAGAGUAACUAGUGGGCGCCUUCAUGACCAGUGCUUCUGCACAUGCAAUCGAGCUCGCACUUUAAAGCGGCAGACAUGACAUUGCUUGUCGUUGUGACGUCGCGUCCGAAAAAGAUGCAGAGCGGUUUGAUAUUCCAAGUCGGAAGUGUGAAAAACACAAAGAUGAAAGCUGGGAUGACUGAUGCCUCAGUGUGUAAUUGUCAGAAUCCCUUUGACUGUCCUUUACAAUCCAGCAAUGUGUCCUCAACCAUAAUAAAUAAUCAUUUUAAAAAUA